AUGAUUCCGUUUGCUAUUUCCAAUCAUCGCUUUCUGACGAUGCAAUCGAUAUAUUUGGGGCUCUUGAUAGCAUCAUCAUCAAUAGGUGUCAAUGGACAACAACCUAGAAUUGUAGGGGGAACAGAAGCAUCCGAAGGGGACUUUCCAUUUUUUGUACACAAUGGCCAUUGCGGGGGAUCUCUGAUACAUGGUGACAUUGUUCUAACCGCAGCUCAUUGUCAUCACAAAUCCACUCGCAGGACGGUGCAAGUGGGAGCCCUCCAAAGAGAAUCCUUGGAUGAUGGUUCCAAGUACGCCACUGUGGAAUCCGAAAUGCUCCAUCCGGACUUUGCCAAGGGGAACAAUGAGUUUGAUUUUAUGCUCCUCAAACUGGGGGGUUGGGUGGAUCCGCAACAUGUGGUUCCGCUCAAUAAUCAAUUUCGGAUUCCGCCCAUGAAUGAUCCGGAUGUAGUCUUUGACAUUAUGGGGUUUGGACAAAUCUCGGAAGGAGGCCCCCAAUCGGAAAUUUUGCUCCACACCACGGUCAAACCAGUGGCGGCCGAACAAUGCCAAGAAGUGUACGAGAUGUACGCCUUUGACGAAGCGACCAUGAUUUGUGCCUUGGACAAUGGCAAGGACUCUUGUACGGGGGAUUCGGGAGGACCGCUCAUGUACAAUGGAGUCUUGGUGGGAAUUACCUCGUGGGGGUUGGGGUGUGCCCGGUAUCCAGGAGUCUAUGCACGAGUCAGUGCAGCGUAUGGAUGGAUCAUUCAGAAUGUGUGUCGACUUUCCGACCAACCGCCCGCUUAUUGCGAUGACGAUUGGGUGGACACUCCUAUUACACAACCAACGGAUGGGGUCCAUUGGGUUCGAGUCGACUUGCAAUACGAGUCGGAUGCCAUUGAAUUGGACUGGUCCUUGGUCAAUACCGAUACAAAUGAAAUAGUGGCACAGUCGUCCAAUGAAAAGGAACGAUUCGAUCAUACGGUGGUUUCGACCUAUGCCUUUGUCGAAACUGGAAACUAUGACUUUAAUUUCAAUGGACAAGGUUCGUACAAGGUAUCAGUGAUUCGAAAUCGAGCCACCAUUUCGGGAGAUGGAGAGGAGACCAUUCUUGCGCAAGGGACUGCUUCCAGACCCUUGCGGAUUGCCGAUCCAACUACUGCAGUACCAACACGUGCACCGACACCUCCGCCAACUGUGGGAGAGCAACAAGUCGAAACUCAAAUACCUACUUUUGGAAUGACAGAAUCCUUUGCACCAACGCCAGUGGUAUCGGCUUCUCCAACCGCUUACACGGGUCCAACGGUAGAUAUCGAAAUUUGGAUCUCCAUUGCUCAACACCCAGAAGAGGUUGUUUGGAGGCUGUUGGACUUUUCAGGACGGAGCGUCAUUGAACGCAUGUCGCCGGGAUUCUACACGGAAGAGGGUGGUUGGAUAUCCACAAUUACAUUAAGAGCAAAGGGUAUCUAUACCUUUGUCGUGACGGAAGCCAAAGGGAGAAGCAAUGUUCGGUAUUCCAUUCUAGCAGUGGACGACAAGGCUGAAGUUACCGACUAUUUGGUGGACGAUCAGACGGAUCGAUCUUUGGAUCCACCAACGGAACGAAAUUUUCAUAGGACUUCAACCUUUGCAGUGUAG